CUGGCUUGCUUUGUUUCUCAGCAAAGGACCCUUUCAGAAAUAGGCUGAUACUAUUAAUUUCUUCAAGUGGCACUGUGUUUGCCUAAUGCCGACUGGCACUUUAUUCUGGACCAUGUACAGUAUGAUCGAACAUUAAUUGUAAACGUUUUUCAGAUUCUUUCAUUCUGGUUUAUGGAUUAUCCAUGGACUGAUCAUUCAGACGUAUAAUAACCAGAUCAAAAUACUACUAAUUAAGAACUGACCGACUUUCUGAAUUUUGAACAUCCGGACAUGUAAUUCAAACUAUUCCAGUAUUUGUUGAAAUAGGAUUAUCAAAUUGUUGAACCAAUCAUAAUUGUCUUCGUCUAUUUCUGCUUGGAUACCCGUCGAUUGUAAUAUAGACAAAAGUAAAUACGGAGGGGAGUUAAUGGGUAUGUCAACAAGACUACAGCUUUGACUGAAAACCAUCUGGAAUUGUGGAAUUGGACCUCCUGAAACGUACUCUGCUUUAAAGUGCGGUCGCGUCAUUGCAACUGCCCAGGCCAACAGCGCAGAUAUUUGGGGAUUUGAGAGUUACAGUGACCCACGUGGAGCAGAGAUCCAAAGUGGACAGUACACCAUGGGUUGUUGCAGUGGCAGAUGCACGCUGGCCUUUAUAUGUGGCAUACAAUUGAUCAGCAUAUUGGAACGACAAAUAUUUGACUUCCUUGGCUACCAGUGGGCUCCCAUCCUCACAAACUUUGUGCACAUCAUCACAGUCAUCUUGGGCCUCUUUGGGACUGUACAGUUCAGACCAAGAUACGUGACCGGGUAUGCAGUGUGGCUGGUUCUCUGGGUGACCUGGAACAUCUUCAUCAUCUGUUUCUACCUGGAAGUGGGGGACCUCUCCAAGCAGGACAGUGACCUGAUCAUGACCUUCAACAUGUCCAUGCACCGGUCCUGGUGGAUGGAGAAUGGUCCAGGCUGCAGGGUGACCCCGGUCACCCCUCCUCCGUCCUGGGCCCCGGAGGACCACCGCUACAUCAGCAUCGCAGGUUGUCUGCUGGAGUACCAGUAUGUGGAGGUGGCCCAUAGCUCCCUGCAGAUCCUUCUGGCUCUUGUUGGGUUCAUCUAUGCCUGUUAUGUGGUGAAGCUCAUCUCAGAAGAGGAAGACAGCUUUGAUUUUAUAGGAGGGUUCGACUCCUAUGGUUAUCAAGGGCCUCAGAAGACAUCCCAUUUGCAACUACAACCCAUGUACAUGUCAAAGUAACAAGGACAGCUGCCUUAUGCACCAAUCAAAUAGAGAGCUACAGUUCUAACUUAUUGUCUCAUUUCGUAAAUGUCUUAAAAUAAUACAGUGUCUUACAAACUGUGUGGAGAACGUGAGAUUCGACACUUUAACCUCAAAGACUCCGACAAACACACUGGGUUUUCUUUGUCUCUGCUCAGCCUCUCUGCUCAGUGGUGAAGUCAGUCUGGGUCUGGACUAGGGGGCAGGCAGGUGCAAGAGCGCCCUCCUGUGGCUCUGUUGACCUUACAGGACGCAUAUCUCUCCAUACUGGUUCUUGCUUUCUUUAUGACAGCUGAAUAACUGUUAUAUUGAGGGAACAAAUUGCUUUGAUGCCCCUGGACAGUGUUCAAAAGGACCAAGAUUCCGGACAAAGGGAAACAGUUGGACGUGUGCCAAGUUCUGAGAGCACGAGCUAAGUGGUGCCUGUGUUCCGACUAACUUGAUUAGAAAUACGCUCUGCUUAAGGAAUGUUCAAUAACUAAUCACUAUGGCUUUAGUCAUCACAAGUAGUUUUAUAGCUCCCUUAUGAAGAGUUGAUUAGAAUCAAUGUACACGUGAAACCAUGUGUUUACAAUACAUACACUUUGGGCCGUUGGAAUUCGAUCUGAGUUGGGCAAUUGAAUGGGACAAAACUUUGACGGGAUUGAAAAAGCAAUCAGUUGUUGUUUCUUACGAUGGAUGUAUUUGCCUUGAAUGUGCCAAGAACAAGCGUUAAAGAUGAGUUAGACAAGGUAUUGGAUGCUAUCGAGAGAUACAUAUUUUUGGAGCUCGUCUCGGGGACAUCAGUUCAAAAGUUCAUUCGGGGAUAACACAAUAUUUGUUUUGCAUGAGGUGUCAAAAUCUGUUGCAUAUUUAAUCUCUGAAAGCACUGGACCUCAUCCCAGACUAGGUAGAGGUGACAGUUGGCCUUUCUGCAGAUGUCUUUUCUCUGUAAGGUUAUGUGAAUUUUGUGCUUUUUUAAGACAGUGUGGAGACAUGAGUCUAAUGACAAAGAGAAAACAAAAUAUAACUUCUUUCAAUUCUAGAAUUUUUUUAACAUGUGACAGUGUUUACUCUUUUAUAGUUGACUAACAAUAUAUUAUAGAGAGCUUGGAACUAGAAGGUUUUAUCUGCAUUUUUUAAAUCAAAAUUGAGUUAUUGACAUAGCCUUGUUCUCGUCAAUGUUCUCUACAAAUAUAUAAAUACCCCAAUUCAUGUUGUUAAGUUCCAAAGAAUACAAUAGAAAAAUAGCUGACACUAUUCAACGCAAUGAGGGUUCGUAACUAUAAAGCCAAUUAUCUUAGAAUAAUCUUUUUGCAGAUAGAACCUUGUAGUCCCAAGCUCUUGUUAUGUUGUGUAUAAGUGGGCCUUUCUUUUACUCCUAACUGUAUAAAGUGCCAAGGGAAACCUUGGGAACAAUAUCUUGCUGAUAGUGGUGUGGUGUGAGGACUAGAAGGAGGUGUGUGGUAGAGUUUGUGCUGUGGCUGAAACGUUGUGCUUUUGUCUAGUGGACAGCGUGGGAACCCCCUGAACCAACCAGGACUGCCUCAGUUCUUUCAUCGUCGUCUUAGCCUCAUCAUACUGUAACUGUUCUACUGCACGGGAGCCUUCUUCCCGUGAGCAAAACAAUUUGUAUAUCUCCCACCAUGCAUAAAUCCUUCUGCUCUGUAGACCUUAACUCUAUAUCAUGGGACCUAUCUAUGUUUUCUAUUUCAAUAGUGUGAAUCUGUUGGCUCUUCUGGAAAUGAAUGAGGUAAUACUAACAGGUCUUCCAAGUGACUGAAUAUUGAAAUGGAAGCUUUUAUUUCCCCCUCUGUUGUGAUCUAUGAUGAUAAUUUUGUAAAUAUCACCUCGAAAUACAUAAAUGCCUAAAAUGCUGUUCUAAACUCAGGCAAGUUUUAGCUUCCAACAUACACUUACUAUUUGUGUUUGAACAUGACCAAAUGGUAACAGCCAAUAGAAAACCUGAAGACACAAAGAUUCCAAAGCUAAGCAUUAUCCUCUUCUUCAUAACAUUUGUGUCUGGGACAGUAUGGUAUUGAUAUUCAACUGGGUAAAAUCAAUAUGGUCUCUAGUAUGCUUCCAUUCAUUAUAAGUCCCGGAUAAGAGUAAGUUGUGUUUUAUCAGUGAGUUGAUCUAAUAUGAUUGGAUAGUGGAUGUACUGUAGUGACACUGGUGGUUACCAACAUAGUUACUUACUGCUGCAAUUGUCCAUCACCCCUUGAUUACAGAGAUUAUUCAAAGUUGUAAAUAUAACAGAAAUUCUCAACCAGGGUAACGUUUUUGACAAGAUGUUGUAUAGAUCUGAAUUAGAAAUAAAAUCAUUAGAUUGCAUCUUGCUGUACUGUAUUCUAAGUUCCUACAUUCAAAGGGAGCUGUAUAUAAUACUGUUGCAGGCACUCAAUUGCUCAUCAUAGAGGCUUUCCUGAACACACCAUUGGUUGUUUUGCUUGGGUUUAGUGCUCACUUCUACUUCUCAAUAGAUUUAGCAAUUUAUAUUUAUGUUACUUUCAAAUUGACUGUAAAUAUAAUAAAAUCUAACUGUGGAAAAGUCCAA